CCCUAACUCUUUCUCUCCGCGGAGCAUGAUCCAGGUGGCCCAUGAGGAGCUCGUCAACGACGUCAAGGUUUAGGAGGUCUGAGGGUCUGACGUCUGUCGUCUGUGUAGUGUUUGUUAUGGUAGCGGAGGGAUGUGGUUGAGUAGGGUGAUUGAAGCAAUUAAUUUUUGUAAGUAUUCAAAGGAAAAGAAAUGAUGCCAUUUUUUGGAAUUUACACUCCAAGAAAGCCAAAUCCAAAUAUAAGUGAACGGAUUACUAUGGCUUGUGUAGAGUUGGAGAGCUUGUUGAAUAAACUGGAGCCAUUCAUUGUCUUGAAACGACACUUAACUAAUCUUAAACAAGCUUUGUUCCAUUCUCACACCAAGGUGGUGCAGGUUGCGGUUAAACAGUUGAUUCGAAUUGCCAAAGAUAAGCAAUUAGCAGAACAGUUGAGUGAAGAUUUGGAGUUAGUUUUGGGAAUGAUUGAAAACCUGGCCCACAAAGAACAGAGAGUAGCACGAGACUGCGUUAUGAUGUUGUUGUUGUUAUCAAGCAGCCCUAAAGCUCUCCAAAAUUUGCUUUGUCCAGAUAUUACAGAUGUUCUCAAGACUAUCAUGACUUAUGUUGCUGUUAGAAUCCUUGUUUAUGAGCUGAUCUUGCAGUUAAGCAUAAAUUCACUGUUAGGGUUGGAGAAAAGCCAUUCCUGUGGCAUACUGGAAGAUGUAAUUAAUGACUUUAAGAAAAAGGAAAGUUACCUAACAUCAGUGCACUAUAACCAACUGCAUAGUCUUGCAGCAACUAGUCAUGGCCGCAACUACCUAGUCAAGUAUGAUGCUUUGGAGAGUGUUUCAAAGAAAUGUCCAGAUAUUUCUAGAGAAUGUACAAACCACCUUAUCACAGUAGUUCCUCAAGAUUUAGUUUCUACACACUCAGGUAUUCUCAGUAAUGAGGAAAUUCAGACAUAUAAAGAAGAUUGUAAGGAAAAGAGUGUUCUCCAAGUAAAGUCUGCCCCUCCUUCUAUUAGAUUACAACAUAUGUUUACCUUACCACAACAACCACAGGGGAUGUCUCCAUUAUACUUAGAUCAGCUGCAACAAACCCUCAAUUCUCCUAACUCCAUAAAUGAUUCAUGUUAUACACAUGUGGAAAAAUAUUCCUCUCUGAGAGAAUUAACAUCUUCUUCAUCUUCUCUUUCAUCUCCAUGUGAUUCUUUGGAUUCUUCUUCAAUUGGCAGAAAGCAGGAUGACAUCAGAGAUUUAGUAUCUGACAGUAGCAGCCAGCCAGACCGUUCCUUCACUCCUCCCUUACACAGUCCAAAAGCAGUCUCAGAGACUGAACACCAACUCUUUGUUUUAGCACUGGAAAAGUUAGAAAGCAGUGUUAAAAGUGUUGCUCCACACGAGGUGUUCUCUCAACAACCAGACACUCUUGGCAUAGUAUUGAGAGGGAUUGAGUCGUCAGACAGGCACUCAGUCAUGUUGGCUCUGCAGAUACUUGGGUUUAUCAGUUCUACAAUGGAAGGAAAACGCCAAUUAUACAAGCAGACAGGUAAAAGGGAAAAAUUUAUGAGAUUGGUGAUGAAGAAAUUGAUGGAUGCUGUCACACAAUAUUCAGCAGAACACAGAGCCAAUGCUGUUAAUAUCUGGUAUAAUUUUAUUAAUGUUCAUGAAUCAAACACAAAAUAUGAAAAGAUUACUCGUAAAUGGUUUCGUUUAAUGGGGAAACCACAGGAAAUAAUGAAAAUCAUUGUAAUGCUCUGCCAGAAGCCCCCAGAACAGACUCAGAUCACAGCAUAUCGCAUAAUACAGUGCCUUGCUCUUCAGGAAUGGGGUCUACAUUAUAUUCGAGGGAGGAAAGGUUUGCUCGACAUGUUACUAAGUGUAUCUCAAGCUGAAUCUCGAGUUAUUCGAGAAUCAAAAAACUCUGUUCUGGAAGUAUUAUUGGAGUCACCAACUGCUAGUAAAAUAUUAAAACCACAAAAUCUUGAAAGUAUACAAAGUUAUAUUUCUAAGUGUAGAGAGAUUUCCCAAAAAGAUGUCAACGUCUAAUGUAUAUAAAAAUGAUACUUUAAGUCUUUUAUACAUAAUAAAUAAAUAAAUAAAAAAUGGAAUUGUA